AUGGAGAUCGCAAUGAUCCGAGCCGAUGUCCAAGAAGAUCAUGAAGCAACGAUGGCGCGAUUCCUUGCUGGUCUCAAUCGAGACAUCGCCAACAUUGUGGAAUUGCAACAUUACAUCGAGAUUGUGGACAUGGUACAUAUGGCCAUUAAGGUAGAGAAGCAACUUAAACGAAAAAGUACCACCCGAAGUUAUCCUACCCCAAGCACAACUAGAUGGGGGCAAAGCUCGAGUAAAACUAGUCCUCCUAGUCGUGCCAAGGAGCCAAUGGUGCCUGCUAAAGUAAACAAACCUAUGGGCGAUACGAGCAAAGGUAAGGCAACCGAAUCAUUUGCUAAUCGUUCAAGGGAUAUUAAGUGUUUUAAGUGCCUUGGAAGGGGCCACAUUGCGAGUCAAUGUCCCAACCGCAACGUCAUGGUGAUUCGAGCAAAUGGAGAAAUAGAAUCGGAGGAAGAAGAGCUUGAAGAUGAGCCUGAAACCGUCUCUAACAAUGAAGAAGAAGUGGAGCACGCUCUUGAUGGAGAACUCCUAGUAGUCAAAAGGAGCCUAAGUAUCCAAAGCAUCGACGAUGAGCAACAACGAGAAAACAUCUUCCAUACUCGUUGUCAAGUACAAGGAAAGCUAUGUAGCGUCAUCAUCGAUGGAGGAAGUUGUACGAACGUGGCGAGUACUCUCAUGGUGGAAAAGUUGAAUCUACCAACCACCAAGCAUCCAAAUCCGUACAAACUUCAAUGGCUCAACGAUGGAGGAGAGUUAAAGGUGACAAAGCAAGUUUUAGUUUCAUUUUCUAUUGGAAAAUAUUCCGAUGAAGUGCUAUGCGCUGUUGUUCCAAUGCACGCGGGUACUUGGUAUUGGGCCAUCCAUGGCAAUUUGAUCGUCGAGUCAUGCACGAUGGAAUUCCAAGACGUUUUUCCGGAUGAAGUGCCGAGUGGGUUGCCACCACUUCGUGGGAUCGAGCACCAAAUCGAUUUUGUGCCUGGAGCCGUUAUUCCAAACCGACCGGUGUACCGAACCAAUCCCGAAGAGACCAAAGAGCUUCAACGUCAAGUUAACGAACUCAUGGAAAAGGGCUACAUUCGAGAAAGUUUCGUGGUUAGCUCGGAGGGCCUUGAAGUAGAUAGUGAAAAGAUUAAAGCGAUUCAGGAAUGGCCGAGACCGACGAGCAUAAGUCAAGUGCGAAGUUUCCAUGGCUUGGCAAGCUUCUAUAGGCGUUUUGUGCCUAAUUUUAGCACGUUAGCUGCACCGUUGACAAGCACCAUCAAGAAGAACUCAACCUUUUAUUGGGGCGAAGAUCAAGAAAAUUCUUUUAACAUUAUUAAAGAUUGUCUUACUAAAGCUCCUUUGUUAGCAUUGCCUGAUUUUUCUAAGACAUUUGAAAUUGAGUGUGAUGCCUCAGGUGUAGGAAUAGGUGCCGUGCUAACUCAAGAUGGAAGACCGAUCGUUUACUUUAGCGAGAAGUUGAAUGGAGCCGUGUUGAAUUAUCUCGUUUAUGACAAGGAGAUGUAUGCACUUAUUCGUGCUCUCGAGACUUGGCAGCAUUAUUUGUGGCCGAAGGAGUUUGUGAUCCAUUCGGAUCAUGAAGCAUUAAAGCAUAUUAAAGGUCAGCACAAAUUAAAUAAACGCCAUGCUAAGUGGGUAGAGUAUUUGGAAUCGUUUCCAUAUGUCAUAAAAAAUAAAAAGGGUAAGGAAAAUAUCGUGGCUGACGCCCUUUCAAGAAGGUAUACACUUUUAUCGUAUUUGGAUUCUAAAUUGCUUGGUUUUGCCUUGUUGAAAGAUCUCUAUGCUACCGAUGAUGAUUUUGGAGAAAUGUUUAUUGCGUGUUCAAAUGUUGUUAUUGAUAAGUUUUAUAGGUACGAUGGUUUCCUUUUUAGAGAAGGAAAAUUGUGUGUGCCGCGGAGUUCCAUACGAGAUGUAUUAGUACAUGAGGCACAUAGCGGCGGUCUCAUGGGCCAUUUCGGUGUGGGAAAAACUUUAGCAACUCUCCAAGAACAUUUGUAUUGGCCGAAGAUGAAAAGGGACGUCGAGCGAAUUUAUUUAGUGUCUUUGCCUAAUGAUCAACUUAUCCAUGCAGAUGCUAGAAAAAAGGCCGAAUAUGUAAAGGAGUUACAUCGGAGAGUUCGAGCCAACAUUGAAGCAAGAACCGAAAGUUAUACUCGUAAGGCGAACAAGGGUCGUAAAAGAGUUAUCUUCGAACCGGGUGAUUGGGUUUGGGUUCACAUGAGAAAGGAACGUUUUCCCGCCCAACGAAGGUCAAAGCUACUACCGCGUGGUGACGGACCUUUUCAAGUUUUGGAGCGAAUCAACGAGAAUUCCUAUCGACUUGAUCUACCAGAUUCCGAUUUGAGGGAAAAUCACUUUAAAGAGGGGGAGGAUGAUACGGCCACGCCUCAAGUCCUACCUAGCUCGAACAAGGAGCCGUUGGAGUUGCCCUAA